ACGUCGGUCUUUUGCAAUCGCUACCGGCCGGCGGACAGUUACAGAACACACACACACACACAAACACACACACGGGCCAGUCUUCGCUUACAGUUUGCAGGCUUUCCAACACUCAAUGGAAGUUUUGACGAUGAUUGAAAACGGACACCACGCCGCUCAGGAGACUGAAGGAGCGGAAGCGUCUCACCGAGGAGCGGAGAAAAGGAAGAGAGUAGUCCGAGUGUGGUGUGACGGCUGCUAUGACAUGGUACAUUACGGUCACUCGAACCAGUUGCGGCAGGCGAAGGCGAUGGGCGAUUACCUGGUGGUUGGAGUUCACACGGACGGAGAGAUAGCGAAGCACAAGGGCCCGCCGGUGUUCACUCAGGAGGAGCGCUAUAAGAUGGUGCGAGCCAUAAAGUGGGUGGACGAGAUCGUAGAGGGAGCGCCGUACGUCACCACGCUGGAGACGCUCGACGAGUACAACUGCGACUUCUGCGUGCACGGCGAUGACAUCACGUUAACGGUGGACGGAAAGGACACCUAUGAGGAAGUGAAACGUGCAGAUCGGUACAGGGAAUGCAAACGCACCCAGGGUGUGUCCACGACAGACCUGGUGGGCCGCAUGCUGCUGAUGACUAAAGCUCAUCACGCCAACAUGGAUAACUCCGAAUACAAGCAGCAUGCAGAUAACUUUGGAAAGGGUCCUAAAGGCCACAGCCCCUGGACUGGCGUGUCUCAGUUCCUCCAGACGUCUCAGAAGAUCAUCCAGUUUGCGUCGGGUAAAGAGCCACAGCCCGGAGACACCAUCAUUUACGUAGCCGGAGCGUUCGAUCUCUUCCACAUCGGUCACCUGGACUUCCUAGAGACGGUGUUUAACCAAGCCGAGAGACCCUACAUCAUCGUCGGUCUGCACUUCGACCAGGAAGUGAACCGCUACAAAGGGAAGAACUACCCAAUUAUGAACAUCCACGAGAGAACUUUGAGUGUGCUGGCUUGUCGGUACGUGUCAGAAGUGGUGAUCGGUGCGCCGUACGCCGUAGGCAAAGACCUCCUGGACCACUUUAAGGUCGACCUGGUGUGUCACGGAAAAACGGACGUUUUCCCGGAUAAGGACGGAUCUGACCCCUACGCAGAACCGAGGAGGCGAGGAAUAUUCCGGACCCUGGACAGCAAGAACGGCCUCAGCACCGACGACAUCGUGCAGAGGAUCAUCGCUAACAGGCUGCAGUUUGAGGAGAGAAACCAGAAGAAGGAGGCGAAGGAGAUGGCCGUGAUCGAGGCUCUGAAGCGCACAGACGGCGGAGAGAAAAACCAAGCUGCUGCUCAGUAACCGAGAAUAAUGACAAAAAACCAAAGGGCUUCCUGAAAACGUUCUCCUUUCUGUUCUCCCACUCCUGUUCCAGUCGUCUCUUCGCCGUCUGUAUGACGGUGUUCAGCGCGUCUCAGUGCCAGCGGUGUAGGUUAGGGGGCGCUCUAGUUUUUUAAAUGAAAGCAAAGCUCUGAUCGUUAGGGAAAAAAGUGCAACGCUUUUUGUUUGCUACUGAUGACGUUCACACUAGCAAGUGACAGUUCGCUCGUGUAGCCUGUGGCGUGGCCCGUCCACAGCGUUAACGAUAGUAGCUAUAUACAGCUUCUAAAGCUAGCUAGUUAACCACGCAUGUCAAUAACGCACUAAUCAAUUUGAAUCGGUUAUUUGAUUGGCAUUUCAGGCUUCGUUUACAGAUCUCCAGCAAAGCAAGAUAAGCUACGUACAGUGCACUCCCCAGAGGCAUCAGCAUGAUAAAAGCAUGCUAGUAAGUUUUUCUUAGUGUUUUUUUUUUUUAUGCGUCAAAGUAAACGGGAUCUAAUUGCUGCGAGCGGAGUCCUGAAGAAACGUGCGGCCGCGUGCGACGUAGGACCGGUCCGAGGAAUCAUUCGAGGCGGUCGUUUGGAUUAACAGUGCCGUAGCUAAUUCGCUUAUAAUCGAGAAAAUCUCAGUUCAGAUUGAGAUUUGAAAUUUUUUCGAGCACAUGCUUAGAAAAUAAACGCUUGCUUUGCAGCUUGCUAGUGUGAACGUAGCAUUCAAAGCACCCUGUUUACUAUUUUAGUGCAAAUUUUUAAUAUUUAAAAAAAAAAAAAAACCUCCGUCCUUUUGGUCUCACUUGAUGGCAUUGGCUCCUCCUCCUGUAACGGAAGGAGAUUAAAUUAUUUAACACUACCUGUUAAACACUACCUGGGUUCUGGUGUCGUUUAUUAGCCAGAAAAUCUCUAAUGGAACACAUUGAGCCAGUUCCCAUUACAUAGUGGAAACCAUUACAGAUUUUCCUAACAGAUUUGUAGUUCAACAGGGUUUUGUUUUGUCUUGUUUUUUUGCCGAAAUAUUUCCGUACUACUCUUUCUCCUCACUUUAAACAACUUGACCUCUGACCUCAAAUUGUCAACUGGUUAACAAGGUACCCGGGUAACGAAUGCUGCGUUCAAGCUGCAAGUCUGAAAUUUCUGACCCUUUAGUAAGGAGAAGUAAAAAAAAAAAAAAAAAUGGACAUAAUCCACACUAUAAUUAUAAUAAUAUAUUAAUCUGUCCUCAUGGCAAUGCUUCACAGAGUUUCUUCAGUUUAUCUUCAGGGGAAAAUGUUCCAGGUAGGCCCUUAAGACACUUUCAGAAAGUUCUAGCAUUUUAUUUUUUUUAACCCUCUUACCCCUUAGUUCCCACAGUAUUAUGUCCCACAACCCUAUAUUCCCCGUAGAAACCGCACGCCAACCCUGAGUUCCCAGGCCAAGAUUGGCCCCAAAAUCAACAUUUUAAUUUGAACAUUUUUAGGCCUUGAAACAUCUUAUAGUAAUGUAUUUGUGUAAUAUUACUUUGAAAAUGAAGCAGUUCCGUGUUUUUACUCAACUAAAUUCUUAACUAGAGAAAUUACGAAAAAAUGCUCGCUAAAAUCCUUCUACUCAUUUAGAAGUACCUUUGAAUAAAUUCAAGUACAUAAUAAAUAAAUAAAUAAAUAAAUGCAUUUUAGCGCCAAAAGUCAAGUUUCUGGUGAUAAUCAGACCAGCAGGUAGUGUUUUCACGAAUGCACAGAGAUGGUCAGGUUAUGACUCCAGACCCCUGCUGUGUCAGUCGCACUGGUUGAUGCUGAAGAUGGAGACGGAUCAGGGUCUGAAUCAGGAGAGUUUGCGUCUCUUAACAGUUUCGGUUUCAGUUUCAACAUCACCUGAACUUUCACUGCUGUCACUAUAUAGAAUCCUCGCGCUCGUGUUUUCUUUUUUUUCCCACUGUUUUAGAUGUACCUGUGUUCACUGUAGGUGUAACUUUAGCUGGAACACGAUUAGCUUUUCGCUUUGGCAUUUUUAGUUCACUUCUACUAUUACACCAAUAUUCACGCUCGGAUCUUCAUCGUAAUGCCGGCGUAAUAACGUAAUCACGUCGUGACGUCAUCAAUCUUCCGGGUUAAAAAAUAAUAAAUAAGUAAGGAAUCAUAGCAGAGUAAUGCCGGUACACCGGCCUUACGGGGAUAACGUUUACACUGUAAAGCCGCUAUAUCGGCCUUACGGGUAUUUGGCAUAGACGACCAAGCCGGUAUAUCGUCCUUACGGGAAUAGAUCAAAGACGGGCAAGCCGGUUUUUUCGGCCUUACAGGGUAAGAGGGUUAAAACAUUUCUGCCAGGGAAUUUUCAGGAAAGGUCCCAAGUAGAAACCCCUUUUAGAACGCUAGAACUGUGUUCCUCACCCGAGGAACCCUUUUUAUAAGAGUGUAAUAAUGACGACAACAAAAAAAAAUUCAAAUGAUGUUUUUUAUAUAUAGCUUUUAAAGCAAAUAUUGAAUUUUAAUAUAUACCUUUUAAAGCAAAUAUGUAAUUUUAUAUAUAUCCCUUUUUAAGCAAAUAUUUGCUUGUUAUAAAUUUUGAUAACAAUAUAUAUAUAACUAAAUGCAUGUCGAUUUUCUUGUAAUUACAAAGUAAGUUCAGUUUUAAGAAAAAAACUAACUUUGAAGUUUUAUUCAGCGCCAUAACUAGUAAAUUAUUCGCAUAAUUUAAUCUUAAAAUAUUCUUGUCCGUUUUUAAAAAGUAUUUCAGAUGAAAUAAGCGCGGAUUUACGGUGAGCGUCCAUUUUGUUUCCCGACCUUAAACAGCUUGAGGGUUACACAAAGGUUUCCUGAACGUAGCUUAUUUUAAACCAUUUAAUUUAUAUUUGCAUUUAGAAUUAAGAGAACUGCUUUUACAACCAGCUUUUAUUGUUCUGUGUUCAGCUCAUGAAUUUGCCAUAUUUAUUAUAAUCUGCGUUCAUCAGGUUGUGCAUUUUAGCGUCUGUUUGUGUUUUUAUCUCGGUACUAGACAUCAUUGUUAGCAUCAGCAACAUAAAAGCACUAAGGCGUAUUUUGUGUUUUUUGCGUAUUCACACCCAGCCAGAUUUAUAUGUGAACGCACAUGCAGAGUGGACUUCAUAUCUGUUGGAGAUUCAGUUUUAAAGUCUUUUUAAAAUUGAUUUGUAUUGUACAAAUGAUUUCCUUUUUAUUGUCACACACGUAUUGGUUACUGAUCCCCUAAACGCACCAAUAAAACAAGUCAAAGCACA